UUUGAAGGAGUCCCUUACUUCUCUACUCACCAGUCACAGAUGCAUUUCCCAAACCCGUAAUUUCUUAUUUUCUCUCUCUCCAGUUUGCAGGGAGUCCACGAAGGAUUUACCCGUCACUUUAACAGCCGUAGUCCACAAGUUGACGGAUCAAGAAAUAGAUCUACUACGCCCUGCGAAGUUUGUGCAAGGAAGGGAGGGGGAAACCUGGGUGAGAGAACAUGAGCGACCGUUUUGACUGUAAAAACUGCAACGAGUCCCUGUACGGGCGCAAAUACAUCCAAGUGGAGGACCAACCUCACUGCAUCCCCUGCUACGACCGCUUGUACGCCAACACCUGCCAAGAAUGCAAGGAACUCAUCGCACACAAUGCAAGGGAGCUGUUCUUUGAGGACAGACACUACCACGAGCACUGUUUCCGCUGCUUCCGCUGCGACCGCUCCCUGGCAGACGAGCCCUUCACCAGCCAAGAAGACGCGCUGCUGUGCAACGACUGCUACUGCAAUGAGUUUUCCUCCAAGUGCGUGGCCUGUGACAAGACCGUCAUGCCAGGCUCAAAGAAGCUGGAGUAUGGGGGAUCCACAUGGCAUGAGGACUGUUUUUUGUGUCAUGGCUGUGACAAGCCCAUUGGCGCUGAAGCCUUCAUCCCAGACAAAGAUAACUACUACUGUGUGCCUUGCUAUGAGGGGAGAUUUGCCCCGCGAUGCAACCGCUGCAAAAAGGCACUGGCCAAAGGUGGUGUGACCUACAAGGAUGAUGUUUGGCACAAAGAGUGUUUUCUUUGCACGGGCUGCAAGACCCCGCUGGCAGGCCAACCCUUCACCUCGCAGGGUGACAGCCCUUACUGCGUCAAGUGCUUCAGCAACCUCUACGCCCAGAAGUGUGCAGGCUGCAAGACAGCCAUCACAGGGUUUGGAGACGGAAAGUAUGUGUCUUUCCAGGAUCGUCAGUGGCACCAACCAUGCUUCAAAUGCUCACAUUGCUCUGUAUCACUGGUGGGCGCCGGCUUCUUCCCCGACAGGGACAGGAUUCUGUGUGCAGAUUGCAACAAUGAUGAAUAAGUGACCACCACAUUCAUCUGUAAAAUCUUGAUCUGACAGAUCCAGUGCUUGACACUGCUUUAUUGUCUUUCCCUGUGUAUGGCAUGUUUAUUUUCUGGUUUUGCUGACACUAGCAAAAAGCUUCUCAACCUCAGCCUUGCACAAGAACACAGCAUUCUGCGCAUUCACCCUCAGUAUCCAAAAGCGAACCUUUUAUUUCAGUGUAUUGCAUAAACUCUUCGUCUCUGGUCAGCCUAGAGCACAUUGAAAUGUAUGUAUAAAUUUUGCAUAUAGGAAAUGAUAAUGUUUGGCAGCUUGUGCCUUCAUUUUGUACAUAUGUUUUGCAUUUCAAAGAAUCAAUAAACUAUGCAAAUUUCAUUCUAGCUUUACAUGUUCAAAUAUUAUGACCUAUGCUAAUCAUAUUUUUGCAUUUUAUUGUUAACCUUCAGAGAACAUAUCCCUAAAACUAGUUUCACCUUUUUUUGUUUGUUUGUUUCUUGCCUCUCAGAAAUGUACCCACCUUCCAGGUCUAACUUUUAACUGCAACGUUGUUGCAAACUGUUGCUGGAUGUCAAUUCUCAUGCUGGAUAGAAACUUGAUAAAAGUUUAAAAAUUGUUCCUGCAGGAGCUGCCGCUGGACACAAAUAGCGAGAUACAUUUCAUUUGAGAGAUGCAAGUUUUGUAUUAGAAUAUUAAUUUCUUCUCAGCAAUGUCUGACAAAUAACAGAGCGAGAUGGUUGUUACGGUGGUAAUGUAGACUUUAUGCACGGCGGGGGCCUGCCCCCGUACUAUUCAGUGUUGUAAACCUAGACAUUAUUCUUUGCAAUAAAAAUACUUCAUCAAA